CGUGGAGGCCGACCUAAAAAAAAAGGAAAGUGCUAGAAGUAGUUCAGAUGAAAAAAAACACAAAAGGUCCUAAAAAACAUAGUAAAACAAAAAAGAAUGUUUUAAGCGAAACAAUUUCAAAAGAAGAUGCAAUACAGCCAGAAAGGAUUGAACCAUUAAAGUCUUCAAUGACAACAAGAGAUAGUAAUAUAAAGAGAACUUUUUCACGGAGUGAAAACACGAAGGGUAAAUAUUCUAAUAUUAUUGAUGAUACAGUAAUUCCAUCAGCAAGAAAUGAUAUUGAAGAUCCUUCAAUGUGCGAGGAUGCACUUGAGAAAUUUACUCCUCUUAUGAAUUCCACGAUGGACAUCAAUUCUACUUAUACGCAGAAGAUGAUGGACGCUACCGCAAUUGUAGAACCUUUAUCACCAAUAAAAUCAAACGAAACGGAGGAGGUUCAGCAGCUGAAUCAAGCGAUUGGACUCACCGAGUUCGAAGAAUUAUUCGCAGAAGAUGAGCCAUCCAGUGAAAGGGAAAUGUCUAAUAGAAACAUGACGAAACAGGACAUUCAAAAUGAAAUGAAGAAAAAUGUGCCCCUCCAAACAGCAAGGUCCACUUCUGUUUUGCACAGUAAACCUGACGACGACACAUCGGACGAUGAAGCCAGACCAAGGCAUACAAUUCCACAUUAG